UUUCAGCUAUGUAAAACCUCCCCCAACCCCCGCCCCCAGCCUUAACCCUGCACCUGCCGUGGUCAGAGCAGGGAGCUCAGACCCAUCAUCACCUGCAAAAGGGUGGACAGAAAGAAGUGCUGAGCGCUGGUUUGCGGAUACCCAGGCAGAUCUGCAGUGCCUAAUGCCAUGAGCGUGGUAGUGCAGCAUGUGGAGGAGAAAGCUGUGCACUCCUGGUCACGGAUCUCCACAGCAGGGAAGAAGGCCUUGGAGGAGGCACUGCUUGUCUUUAACCCCAUGAGCCAGGAUCUCAGUGCCACAGAGGCCCAGCUUGUGGCCUUCCUGCAAGGCCUGCGGGAUGAUGGCUUCCAACCUACUAUUCUACGCAGUGGUGAUGUCUAUGGCUAUAGCUCAUGUACAGCCAACCCCCCAAGUCAGACGAAGCUGCAAGCUCGUGCCCCUACCCCAGCUACCACUUCACCUCCAGCCAGUGCUCCCCGGACUGCAGUGCGGCUGCCUGCUGGCCGGGCCACAUUGCUUCCCAUGCCACUGUCUGGCAGACUGGCCAAAGCAUCCACACCAACCCUCACCAAGCAUGCUACCACCAACUUGCUGCUGAGCUCUCUGAAGCAAUCAAGUGCCAGCCGUGCCCGGGGUGCGGCAGUGGGCUUCCCCGCCCGACUCUAUCCAGGUGUCUACCCUGCCAUGCGGCUCUCCGUUGUCCUUGAGGCCCUGGUUCCACUCAAGACUCCCAUGCCCUGCUUGGGUGCCAAGCACAAAGCACUGCAGCUUUCACUUGCAGAGUCUCCUCUGAAGCUGCGGAAAGGUGCAGGGAAGGGACCAGGAAUCCUUCACCCCAAGGCUCCCAGAAAAGCUACCAGCAAAGGCCCCAAGUGUCCGUCUCAUAGAGGCCCCAGGGCUGGACCCCGACAAGGCAAUGGGCCCCAGAGCAAGACCUGCAAAGCCUCUGGGUCCCUCAGUGGCCAGCGAAUGAAAGUUUGCUCUGCUCUGGGCACCAAGACAGCACGAACACUGGCCAGAGCUGCCCAUGCCCAAGCCAAGGUGGCUCGAACACAGACCAAAGCUGCCAAGGCCAGAGCAAAAGCCAAGGCAGCACGGAUCAAGGCCAAAGCCAAGGCAGCACAGAUCAGGGCCAAGGCCAAGGCAGCACGGAUCAAGGCCAAGGCGAAGGCAGUACGGGCCAAGGCCAAAGCUAAGGCAAUACGUGCCAAGGCCAAGAUGUCUCGGGCCCAGCCCAGGGGCAGGGGCAGGCCAAAAGGGUCUGUUCAGGCCAGGACUGCAAGGAGGGGCCAGAAAAGCCACCCUGAGACUGGAGGGCAGAAGAGGAAAAGGGCUGAGGAAGCAAAGGAUCUUCCUCCUCAGAAGAGAACACGGCGAGGACCUCAAUCCCCUAAGUCAAGGGUAGGACCUGGAACAGCAAAGUUACUGAAAUUCCGGGCUAUCAAGGUGGACAGGCAGUCCUCAGAUGAUGAGGUACGGCAGUGGGCUCAAAGGAUCCUCCAUGUGAACUUGUCCCCUGUAAUACGGCUCCAGCCAUUGUUGCCAUACUCAGCACCGUGAUUCCAUCAUGUAGUGUUUGGGGAAACUCAGCCCAGCUGUCUGACCAGUGGCACAGUGUGAACUACCCAAGGACUCCACAACCCCAAGGACUCCUGGUGCCUCUUUAGGUCCCUGGCAACCACUGGCCUCCUUUAAGAGACUGGAGGACGUGGGGUGGGGUGGGUGGGAAGGGUGUUCUCCUGGCGCGAUGCACUGUGACUUGUUAACUCUUCAAGUUGUAUGUCCACUGUUCCAUCUAUCACGUUUUAUACCUUUCCACCUUCCAGUCUCCCUGCCCACCCUUCAGGGUCUUGUGUGUGUGUGUGUGGUUGUGCAAGGACUGGCAGAGCCACUCUGAGGUGGGACCACUCCCCUUGGGGCUGCCCUGAUUUGUUAUCCAGAUAGGCCCAGAUGCAGGAAUACAAUAGGUGGCUCUGUGGGGAACCUUGCUGCCAGCAGAUUUUUAGGUCAGGGAUAGGAGAGUUUGUGGUGUUGCUCCCCAAGGGCUAGCAGACUGUCUGGCCUUGUCUCCAAGCCUAUUCUGCCUGAAACCUUGGGGUUGUGCCUGGGCGUGUCCAGGGUAGGACCAGGCCCAAAUUGACUGAAGUACCUCUGCCUCGUCUCACCUCUGCUCUUCCAGGAGAGAGUGACUAGCUUCAGCUUACCCAGUUGGUGUUAAGAGGUGGGUUCUGGGUUGUAGGAUCACAGAAUCUGCCCUCACAGACAAUGAAAUUUUUACCUUAGAUAGGUGGGGUACCACUUUAGCUGAGCCAGGAGUGUUUCUCUGACUGCCUUGCUCAUCAGCAGUACAUUCUGCCUGUGUCCCUAUUACUUUAUUCCCAAGUCCAGCCUCAUCUUCCCUCCCAAUGGGCCUGUGUGUUUCAGGCAUUAUCUGGUCUUCUGGCUUUGGAGGGGAGGGCUGGGCUCUGGGCCCUAGCCCGGAACAUGGCUGGAACUGGCAGGGAGGGGAACAUGUUCCCCCAGAGGCUCCUGGAGACGAACAGUCUCUCGGGUAGGGUUGGGGGCCUCAUUUAAAUGAGACUUGGAACUGUGGGUUGGUCUGAACCCUGGCCCCACUAACUCCGCUGCAUUGGAGGGUAGACCUGUAGAGAAACUCUGCCUGCUUCUCACUACCCCCUCCCCACAUUUCUUCUACAUUGGUGGCUGCCAUUAAAAUCCCCUUGGUUCCCCAGUCUGGGAACGCCCUCACACCAAGCUGCACCUUGAUCACACAGCCCUUCAUGCUCCUUGCUUCUGGUAGCCCUGCUUUCUUCAUCCAUGUGAGUAUGGGGAAACGCUGGAGGGCCACACUCACCUCAAGAGCCUCUCAGCUUGGUGCCCACUCUGCAUCCUCUCUCAGGCCUGAUUCCUGCUCCCAUCACCCAGGACCCCCAGCAGGGCUAGGCCCCCUCCUGCUGCUGCCGCUGCCACAGAUGAAUAAGGGGUUUGGUUUUUCACCGAGAGCCAGCCAUGGGGAUAGUAGAAAUCUCAGCCUCCCAGGGUGGGGUAAGGUGGGGAGGUUCUCUAGCGUUUCUAUUCAGACCCUGUCCCUCCCAGUCCAGGCUCCCAGAACAAAUGCCCAGGAGGUGCUGGACAUACUGCCCCCAUCUGGCUGCUUGGGUGGCAGCUGCUACCCACCCACUGGCAACCUGAUUGUUGGCCGUAGGCACAGCCUUCAAACCAUCAACCUGUGGCCUACAUGGCCCUGAACCCCGCUGCGUUGUCACUUACCUUCAGGUAGGCAGGAGGGUGAGGGCUCUGGAGAUGGUGUCACUGACUUCCUGAGGAGAUUCAGCCCUGUAUGAGUUCAUUGUUGGGAGCUGGAGGAAGAGAACCAUGCUGUGAAACUUUGGGCUGGGGGAGGGUGGAAACCAUGGACCUCUUGCCUAGUCAAGCUCUUUGGACUAUCCUCCAGGACUCUGAGGAUUGCUUCUUCUGUGACUCUUGGGACCAGGGAGAUCAUGGCAUUGAGAAUGUGAUCCCCCAGAGUGGUCAUGACAGCAUCAAGACCUGGUGGCAAGCAGAGAGUGGUGAGGGUGCCAGUGUACCUGUGUGUAGGUCUGGGGUCAGGUGCCAGGCACUGACAAGUCCUUGUAGUUCCAGGUGUUGAGAAUGUUACCAUCCAGCUGGACCUGGAGGGUGCCUUCUACUUUACUCACCUCAUCAUGAUUUUCAAGGUGACCCCGUUUUUCCAGCCUGAAGGCUUGCCCUGCUUUCCUGUCUGAUGGCCACCUGUGAUGUGUGCCCCUGGUGACCCAAAAACAUCCCUUCUCCACUUGUCCCCAGACAUUCCGCCCAGCAGCUCUGCUUGAACGCUCAGUGGACCACGGCCACUCCUGGCACAUACUGAUAUUUUACCAACAACUGCUCAGGCAUCUUCCCUGGGGACCCUCCUACCCCUGGCCACAGAGUCAGGGACCUCAUCUUGUGACCAGCAUUUCUCAGAUAUUGAAUCUUUCACUGAGGGCCAGGUCAGGUCCAGAGGGGGUGGGGCUGGGUCCUGGUGUAAAGCCAGUGGCUCAGGCUUGCUUUUUCCUCUCAGGUAAUUUUCAAAGUUUUCGACCCAGCCAUUCUGGUGGAGGACCCAUACAACCCCAAGAUUCAGGGUAACCAUCCCCACAGCCAAUUCUGUACUUUGCAUGUCAGAACAGCCAGAUGCUGAGGGGAGGUGAAGUCCUGCCUGGAUUGGGGCACCCAUGGGAUAGGGUGGCAAGCAAGCCAGCUCAGUCCCCAAAGCUCUGCCUCAUGGUUCUCUGUUGUGGUCCCUGCUGUGGACAUGUCCUCCCCCGUUCCUGUUCCAUCACUUUCCCAUGCCAGUGCCUAGAGACUGGCACGAAUACCAGUUUCCAUCUCUGUUCUAUUACUCCACUCCGUUGUGGCACCCCAUUGUCCCCAUCUCUGCUUCCCAUGCCAGUUCCCAUUACAGUUGCACAUAACUCUCCUUUGUGAGCCUCCAUUACCAUCCUGCAUCACUUCUCCCUAUCAGUAUCCUGCCUGUUGAUUUGAGAUCCUGUUCUUAGUUCGUGUCCCUCAUCCCUGAAACUGCCUCUAGGUGGCACCAGGGUGUCUAGCUGUGACCUCUUCCUAGUAAAACAAAAGUUCUUAAAGCAUGAUACAGCCACAUACUUAGCAAGACAGCCUAGAGCCAGGCCAGGUGAGGACAAACUCCAUUAUAAUUUUUUCUCUUUGUCCUCUGCCCAUCUUGACUGUGGUUAUUACCAACGAUUCACCCUGAGCCUCCACACUAGUUCCCUGAGCAGCUGUUUUAGGUUCUCUAACCAUGAGAAAGGGGAAGCAAGGCAUAGGAGAGAUACAAAAGAUAGUUCAAGUGGGUAACUGACAAACUAUAGAGUAGAAAAGGGAGCAUUCAUCCUAUCCCUUCAUCCAUGUUUACAUUUAACUAGUGCCCACUGAGCACCAUUGUGUGCCAGGCAUCUGAAGAGAGCUCAGUGGGGAACAGUUAAGGCAUUUGUCUUCUUGUAGUGGACCUGAUAGAAAGUUGAUAGAUAAACAAAUAACAUCUUAUGUGGAUUGGCUGGGUGGUACGCUGAUUUCUAGUUUGGAUGAUGAACUGGGGAAUGGAGUUAUUUACUACAUUGAGGAAACCGGUGUUAAAUAUCUAGAUAUAAAAAAAAUGUCCGGGAAGCAGUGGGAUGUACAGGUCCUCAGCUCAGGAGUGAUACCAGGGCUAGAGAGGUACAAAGGUGAAAUUAUCAUUUAUUAGGCUGUGGUCAUUCUUAAUAGUUUGCCCAGGGUAGCAGGGGUGGGGGAAUACCACAGCAUAGGUGCUGUAGGAAGGGCAGCAAUGAUGUACACAGAGGAGAGAGAUACCCCUCUAAUUCCUCCCACCAACCCCCCAUCCAAGUUAUAAAGGGAUGACAACCAAUGCACUGACAUCUCACCAUCUGUUUGCAGAGCUCCUGCACGUGACUAAUCUCUGUGCCGACUUCAAACUGCACACACUGGGUGAUAGGCCCCUAGAGGAUUUCAAAUAACAUCCCUGCCACUACUAUGCCCUCUAUGAGUUUGUGGCUCAAGGCAGCUGCCUGUGCCAUGGCCAUGCCUCUGAGUGCAGGCUGGCACCUGGGGCCCCAAACAGUGUGGAAGGCAUGGUGAGGACCCUAGGAGGGGCGUCCUGUGACCGGUGGGGUAGGAAAGCUGAAGAGCUGAGGCAAACUUGCCUUGCCCUCCUUCCUGCCCAGGUGCAUGGCCUUUGUGUCUGUUGCCACCACACUGCGGGUACCCACUGUGAGUGCUGCCAGGACCUGCACCAGGACCACCCACGGCAUGCAGCAGAGCCUGGGCAUCCCCACACCUGCCAGGGUAGGUGCCAUGCCCUACACUGCCCAGCUACACUUGCCAUGGGUCAGUCCACUCCAUAUCUAUCUUGUUCAGAAUGUGAAUGCCAAGGGCAUGCCUGCAGUUGUCACUUAGACAUGGCCUUGUAUCUGGCAUCUGGCAAUAUGAGUGGAGGCGUGUGUGGUGCAUGUCAGCACAACACAGCUGGGUGCCACUGUGAGCUCUGCCAACCCUUCUUCUACUGAGAUCCUCGGGAGGAACCUCGCUCCCUUCACUCCUGCAGACGUGAGCCCUCCAACCCCCAUCCCAGUACUGACUCUAAUCCUUCAGCUCCCUGGUGAACUCUGACCUAACUCUCCUUAUUUCUGACCCCUGGCCCAGCCUGUGACUGUGACCCUGUGGGUACCUUGGAAGGGGGUUUGUGUGAUACCCACAUGAAUAAGACCCGUGGCCACGUUUCUGGGCAGUGUCGCUGCAAAUUCCACGUCUGGGGCCAGCGCUGUGACUCCUGCCAGCCUGGUCACUGUGGCCUGAAACCCCAGCCAGUCAGAAGGCUGCCAGUGUGAGUAACACUAAGAGUGGGCCCCCACAUAUUGCCCUCCCAGUUCUUCCCUCAGUCACUACCCUGAUAUCACCUGUAUCCACCUACCCACUGCAGCAGCCUCAUUAGCACCGAAUAACCCUGUGCCUUAGCAUGCAGGUGCAACACCCGGGGCCAGGUCCCUGGCACUCAUGCCUGUGAGUGGGUACCUCUCCAGUGGUACCUGUCACUGCAAACGUUUUGUUUCUGGACGGGUCUGCAGCCAUUGUCAGGUGAGCCUUGACUAGCAUUCUGAUUUGACUGUGUUCUUAGGGACUGAGUUUCUAGAAGCUCACACGUAUAAGACUAUAAUCAAUGUAACUGUACAAUGAGUCUUGCACAUGGGUUGGUACCACUUCCUGGCCUGGUCACCAGGGUCAGCACCACUUUGGCUGGCAGAAACAACACAUUCUUUCGGAAACUUGGGAACAAAAGAAGGAAGAGCUGUUAAACCAAUAUCACGUCACGAGCAUUGUAUUGUAUGCUGGAUUUAAAUGUUUUACAGUAAGUGUGUUUGAAGGACGAGACAGUGUAAGAGACAACUUUACAAAUCCUAUGCCUAAUUUAUUUAUUUAACCUUUAUUUAACCUUGGCU